AGAUUCCCGCGCCGGGCUCCGCCCCCCGGCCAAUCGGACCGGCGCUCGCCCGAGCCCAGAUUCUCUUUGUUCCGCAGCCAUUUCAGGCCCCGGACGGGAGGCAGCGCCGCUUCGGCAGAAGGCCCGAGCGCCGGAGGCCUCUGGGAUGGUGUGGGACCGGCAAACCAAGAUGGAGUAUGAGUGGAAACCUGACGAGCAAGGGCUUCAGCAGAUCCUGCAGCUGCUCAAGGAGUCCCAGUCUCCGGACACCACCAUCCAGAGGACCGUGCAACAAAAACUGGAACAACUCAAUCAAUAUCCAGAUUUUAACAACUACUUGAUUUUUGUUCUUACAAAAUUGAAAUCUGAAGAUGAGCCCACAAGAUCAUUGAGCGGUCUGAUCUUGAAGAAUAAUGUGAAAGCUCAUUUCCAGAACUUCCCAAACGGUGUGACUGACUUCAUCAAAAGCGAAUGUCUAAAUAAUAUUGGUGACUCCUCACCUCUGAUUAGAGCCACUGUUGGUAUUUUAAUUACAACCAUAGCCUCCAAGGGAGAACUGCAGAAUUGGCCUGAUCUCUUACCAAAACUCUGUAGCCUGCUGGACUCUGAGGAUUACAACACCUGUGAGGGAGCAUUUGGUGCCCUUCAGAAGAUAUGUGAAGAUUCUGCCGAGAUUUUGGAUAGCGAUGUUUUAGAUCGCCCUCUCAACAUCAUGAUUCCCAAAUUUUUACAGUUUUUCAAGCACAGUAGUCCCAAAAUAAGGUCUCAUGCUGUUGCAUGUGUCAACCAGUUCAUCAUCAGUCGGACUCAAGCACUUAUGCUACACAUUGAUUCUUUCAUUGAGAACCUCUUUGCGCUGGCUGGUGAUGAGGAAGCUGAAGUGCGGAAAAACGUGUGCCGGGCGCUUGUGAUGCUGCUUGAAGUCCGGAUGGAUCGCCUGCUUCCCCAUAUGCAUAACAUAGUCGAGUACAUGCUGCAACGGACCCAAGACCAAGAUGAGAACGUGGCUUUGGAGGCCUGUGAAUUCUGGCUGACCUUGGCCGAACAGCCAAUAUGCAAAGAUGUACUUGUAAGGCAUUUGCCUAAGUUGAUUCCUGUGUUAGUGAAUGGCAUGAAGUACUCAGAUAUAGACAUUAUCCUGCUUAAGGGUGAUGUGGAAGAGGACGAAACAAUUCCUGACAGUGAGCAGGACAUAAGGCCACGGUUUCAUCGCUCAAGGACAGUGGCUCAGCAGCAUGAAGAGGAUGGAAUUGAAGAGGAAGAUGACGACGAUGAUGAAAUUGAUGAUGAUGAUACAAUUUCUGACUGGAAUCUGAGAAAGUGUUCCGCUGCUGCUCUAGAUGUUCUCGCAAAUGUUUAUCGUGAUGAGCUCUUGCCACACAUUUUGCCACUUUUGAAAGAAUUGCUUUUCCACCAUGAAUGGGUUGUUAAAGAAUCAGGCAUCUUGGUUUUAGGAGCAAUUGCUGAAGGUUGCAUGCAGGGCAUGAUUCCAUACCUGCCCGAGCUCAUUCCUCACCUUAUUCAGUGCCUCUCUGACAAAAAGGCUCUCGUGCGUUCCAUCACCUGCUGGACUCUUAGCCGCUAUGCACACUGGGUAGUCAGCCAGCCACCAGAUACAUACCUGAAGCCAUUAAUGACAGAAUUGCUGAAGCGUAUCCUGGACAGCAACAAGAGAGUACAAGAAGCCGCUUGCAGUGCCUUCGCUACCUUAGAAGAGGAGGCUUGUACAGAGCUUGUCCCGUACCUUGCUUAUAUACUCGAUACCCUCGUCUUCGCCUUCAGUAAAUACCAGCAUAAGAACCUGCUCAUUCUGUAUGAUGCCAUAGGGACACUAGCAGAUUCAGUGGGACAUCAUUUAAACAAGCCAGAGUACAUUCAGAUGCUAAUGCCUCCUCUGAUCCAAAAAUGGAACAUGUUAAAGGAUGAAGACAAAGAUCUCUUCCCUUUACUUGAGUGCCUCUCAUCUGUUGCCACAGCCUUGCAGUCUGGCUUCCUUCCAUAUUGUGAACCUGUGUAUCAGCGUUGUGUAAAUCUAGUACAGAAGACUCUAGCACAAGCUAUGCUAAACAAUGCUCAACCAGAACAAUAUGAAGCUCCAGAUAAAGAUUUCAUGAUUGUGGCUCUUGACUUACUUAGUGGCCUAGCUGAGGGGCUGGGAGGCAACAUCGAGCAGCUAGUAGCCCGAAGUAACAUCCUAACACUAAUGUAUCAAUGCAUGCAGGAUAAAAUGCCAGAAGUUCGGCAGAGUUCUUUCGCCUUACUCGGUGAUCUGACUAAAGCUUGCUUUCAACAUGUUAAGCCUUGUAUAGCUGAUUUCAUGCCAAUAUUGGGAACAAAUCUGAAUCCAGAGUUUAUUUCAGUCUGCAACAAUGCCACCUGGGCAAUUGGGGAAAUAUCGAUUCAAAUGGGUAUAGAGAUGCAGCCUUAUAUUCCUAUGGUGUUACACCAGCUGGUAGAGAUCAUUAACAGACCCAACACACCAAAGACGCUGUUAGAGAACACAGCAAUAACAAUUGGUCGUCUUGGUUACGUUUGUCCUCAAGAGGUGGCCCCCAUGCUACAGCAGUUUAUAAGACCCUGGUGUACCUCUCUGAGAAACAUAAGAGACAAUGAAGAAAAAGACUCAGCAUUCCGUGGGAUUUGUACCAUGAUCAGUGUGAAUCCCAGUGGCGUAAUCCAAGAUUUUAUAUUUUUUUGUGAUGCUGUUGCAUCAUGGAUUAACCCAAAAGAUGAUCUCAGAGACAUGUUCUGUAAGAUCCUUCAUGGAUUUAAAAACCAAGUUGGGGAUGAAAAUUGGAGGCGAUUCUCUGACCAGUUCCCUCUUCCCUUAAAAGAGCGCCUUGCAGCUUUUUAUGGUGUUUAAUCUGAUACACUUAAGCUGCAGUCCCAGAAUUAGGGGUCCAUCAGUCUUGGAGACUAUGAGGGAGCCUCUGCACCCAGGGAAAAUGUUACCCUUUACAGGGGGAAGGGUAAACCAGUAGGGAAUACAGUACAAUCCCAACCCUACUGGGAGGGGCGGGAGGGAGGUGUUGCCGUCACUGUAUUAAGUCGAUGUUGGGAAAUGUUUUAACAUCUGGAGCCUUUGUGGGUGGAAAUCUGUCUCCAAUUACAACUCUGCACUGGAUGUGAAGAAGCAAAAACUAUUCAGUCUACUCACAGAACAGUACUUUCUGAAAUAUUAUGGGGAAUUGUACCUAAACAAGAACCAUAUAAACAAUGCGUAGGGAUGAGGAGAAGGAGGAAAAUCCCAUGGUCCACAGCAAAGGAAACCUGAGAGUGGGAAGCUACAACAGUAAGGAAGCUUUGUUCAUUAGAGGUUUUAUAUAAAAUUUCCCACGUUACGUACGGGGACCUUGUUCUGCAUGCUGAUGAAGAGAUACACAAAACUAACAGUUAAAGUCAGCUUGCCUCCCCUAGUAGCAGCAGGUUCUUGGACCUUACAAUUUUUAAGGUACCCCCAAAAAGUUGGAAAUAAAACAAAACAAAUUUGAACAAUGAAGCACCCUGUGAGAUGCCAACGAGUCACUCCUUUUACCUUUGCGGGAUGGGCAGGGAGGGAGGAAUAAAUGGGGUCGGGGUAUCAAACUAAAGGUGACAUCUAAUUUUACAUUAAAACGUUAGUGGAUAUAAUUUUAUGGUUGUACUUCUUAGAUUUAAUUUCUAGGCCAACACGUUAUCGUAAGGUGCAGUUUAAGGUUCAGGCAUGCGCUCUGGCUCAUAGUGAUUGAAAGUGGUGUAAAUUAGUGGGACCGUAGCAUGCUUGCACCACAUAGAGUGCCGUUGGUAUUCAUUUACCUAUGUUGCGCCAGUUUGGGUUGCAGUUUACCAAUUCAAUAGCCCUGCAUUUAAAAUUACUUUAAGAUUUGUGGAUUUUAUUUUUAUUAAGAAUAUAGAUAUAUAAAGUACUGUAGUUUACAGCUAGGCCUUGAAAUAUCUUUUUAGGAUCUGUUAGGAAUAAGAUUGGUAUUGUAUUGUGUGUAACCUGCACAAUGUGGAAAGCUGAUAUACCUGUGCAAAAUCUUUGCCUCUGUGCUGUCAGUGUGGUGUGCUUUCUGCAUGGUUAUAUACUACUAGUGAUUUUUAUCAAAUUUCAAAUUACAUGGUAAAAGAUUUGUAAAAGGCUGCAUAAAUGUUAGUUGGCACAUAAAGACAAUUGUAGAAGUUGAAACAUGAUUGCUAUAUUCAAUGUUUAUUCCCACUCAACAUAUUGCCUCUAAGCUUUCCUUUUUUUUUUUUUCUUUCAUUUUUUUUCUUUUUCUUUUUUCUUUUUUCUUUUUUGUUCAAAGCAUGAUCUUAAAGAUAUGUUUAAGUUAAUGGAUGUAAUGCAGGGUUCCUACACUGUAUUGGCGCAUGUUGGUGGCCCUUUGUGCCCUAAGUAUAUGCACACAGGGUGCAAGUUCAAAGCUACAGAGUGAGAGUUGGUUUGGAUCCUCUUCAUUUCAUUUGUUUGACUUUUCUGUUAUUUCCCCCCUCUACUUACAUGUAUUCCUGUGAAUAAAUCCUUGUUAAGUUAACCCUUUACUUUUCCUUCCAUGUGUAUUUUCUUAUAUACUGUGAAUGUGAAGACCCUAACUGGUACACUUGAUCUUAUGUCCAUAUGAAAGUGCAAGUCUUUAUUAAUUUGGAUUGCCUGAGCAGUGUGUAUCCCAUGAUGAUGAAGGAAAAUGGAGAGAUUUAUCUUUUUAGCUCUGCUGGUCAGAGAUAAAGCCACACCUUUCCAUUUUUCAAUGCUGCAUAUUUAAUCUGCAACAAAAUGUUAAGCCAUAACAGCCUUUUUAUAUUUUAAUUUGUCACCUUUGCAUUGCAGAAUAAAUACCGAAUAACCGUUUUUUAUAAGCAGUUGCUCCUCUUUGCAUGGUUCUGUUCUCUAAAAGUGUUGACUGGUAAAGCCAUUGCACUGAAGCGUGAGCUGUGUGCAUGUGACUUUAUAAACAGUUUCAAAACAUUUCACAUGCAUGGCAGCAUGCAAAAAGGUUUUAGUUGUUGUGUAUAUGUUUAACAUGUUCUUUUACUUUGUUUCCUUCUAUUUUGGCUUUGCAAAUUUCAGUCUAUAGGGCCUGAAAUAAAACCAUCAACAAUGCCUGAUCUUUUUUUUUUUUUUUUUUUUUUUUUUUUUUUUUUUUUUAAUUCAAGCUAGACUCAAGGGUAUGUGGCAUAUCACUUGUUCGUGCAGUUACCUUACUGGGAGCUCAAAAUUUGCUUCUUGAGUUGGCUUUAAAGCUGGAGCAGAAUAGCUGUUUUACCCUUGGGUUGUAGUUAGCAUAUGCCCUAUAGUGCUUCUGAUGCUUUCCAAAAAGUAACAUAGGAGGUAAUAAUCUUGUGUAAGAGUAAAUAAACAGCCAGAUUAGUCUCUUAACAUAAUAAAACAAAUAUAAAAUUUUCAAUAAAGUUAUAUACCUGUGAUUUAAAAAAAUCUUUAUUAAAUAAAAGCAACAUUGUCACCUGUCUGAUUACGAAUAUAUUUCCAAUUUGGCAGUUAUGCAGCACACACAAAAAAAACCCAAUAUUUUGUUUUGUAGUGAAUUGAUUUGUUUCUAAAUUUAUGAUAGAAAAUUAAGUAAAUAUGACUGACAACCUAAGAUUAGGGGUAUUAUCUUAUGUUGUUUCCUUGUUGAGGCUAUUAUUUCCUCCUAUUUCAGACAACAUAGUAUAUAUAUAGCACAGGAAUUUGCAGAAGCCAUGUAAGUUUUAUUGAGGUAAACGCUGAGUUAGCAUUUAUUGUUUUGAUGAAACGUGACACAUCAUGGGAUAUAUAAAUAUAUAUAAAAAGCAACUCAAUUCUUGUGGUGCAGUCUUGAUAGCUUUGAAUGUUGACUGGAUGUCUGUGAGAUUGUUAGUUUGUCAUUGUUACAUUCCAGUGUUUCUGCCUCUUGGCAUGCUUAAAGCGCGGCUUCCUCCGCCUGCUCCUUUCACACUAAAAUGCUGUUAGUGUGCUCAGCUACAGAGACAGCCGCUGCUGAGUGAUGUAGAUUUUCUACUUGAAUAUUUUUAUGUUGUAGGAACCUCAGGAGGUCAGUGUUUACUGUUUUAUAUAUGCCUUCUUUUCCUGUUUGAGCUUCUCUCUUUGAAGGAUUCUAACAGAACAAAAGCUGCUGAUCAACCUAAGUUGGAAACAGAAAGUGUGUUUAGUGUAAUUUAAAUGCAUAUUGGCAGUUCCAUGUUACAGCCCAUUAGCAAAUGAACUUAGUGCCACAGGUGUUCAUUUAUUCAGGAAAUAAUUUUGCUUUUUGUAUUGUCUAAUCUCUUUAAUGACUUCAUACUGUGUAAAAAAAAAAAAAAACUUUUGUAUUGUUUGUUGAUUAUUUCCAAAAUAAUCAACUUGUAAAUAUCCUUAGAGCCAGUUCUGAUGCUUACAUUAUUGCUACUUGAUUUUGUUAUGCAACUUAGAUUUCAGAUCUUAAAACACUUAACCAAGCCAUUACAUCUUAAAACAAAACAAGUAGCAUACAUUUUGUAAUUAACAUUGAUGAACACUGUGAUUUUUUUGGUUAAGACUUUUUCAUUGAUCUGAACUGCUUAAAUUGCAUAUAUUGUAAAAUAGAGUCAGAUGUAUAUUUUAAGAUAAUUUCAACUGACUUUCCUCUUACUGCUUUGUCUACUCAGUUAUGAAUAUUCGGAUACAAGUUUUAUCUCAGGUGAAUAUCCUUGUAUCAUUUUGCUUUGGUGACAUGUUUAUAAAGAAAGAUCAUCGUACUUAAUUGUCUUUGGAGGUUUGUGAGUUGUUGUUUUUAUGUAUUUUAUUGAGAAUCUUCCCAAUUAGUCUGAUAUUUCCCUCCCCUCCCCCCCAAUUGUUCUAUCAGACUGAGCAAUACAGAAAGCUCUCCACAUUUGGUCUGUAGAUUUAUCUGAAAAUGAGUCGAGUUUGGUCCUUCCCUUUUCAAAUCCUCAAAAUACAAAAGUGGAACCUUUUCUUCCCUACAUGAAAUUCUGUGUAGUUGAGGUGCCAGAAUUGAAUUACAUAUUGAACUCUUGUCUCAAUUUAACACCUUUGCAAUGAAGAAAUUUUUUUUUGCUUCAUAUAGUUAAUUAUAUUCAUAUUGAAUGUAUUAACAGAUGCCAGAGCAAAAGCAUUCUUCCCAAGAGAAGAGUGUGUCGUGCAUACCUGCAACCCUGAGUUCUUCCUUUGUUAGUACUUCAGGUGCACACAGCUUUGCUUACAGAGUUACUUUUGCAAAUAUUACAAGGCAGGGAGACACUAAUUGUUGCUGCUAAUACUGUUUAGUAAAGUGGGCAUUGGAAUCUAUAAGAAAAUUAGGGUCUUGUGGUUAACGGCCUGGGAUAAUUGAGAUGGAAAAAUGAGCAGUAGUGACUUGUGUUGGUAACAAUAUUAUCUAGUAUCAAUACCAUGCAGUAGCAUUGUAUAUCAGUCAGUGCACUUCGUAGAGAUUAAAUAUGGCAGUGCUUCUAAGGCCUCUUUAAAGUUAAGUUUCACGUGAAGGUUAGUUUCUCUUACCUGUAUACUUUCUUGGUAACUGAAAACUAACUUUAGGCUUGAUAUAGAUCUUCUCCCUGUUGGUAUCACAUAUAUGUAGAUAAUUCUCAAUCAAUGCCUACUUAUUAUACUUAUACAGUUGCAAGGUAUAAGCUUAAUUACAGCAACUGCUUUUGUGGUUUGUAUCCCAGAGUGUAUUGUGUUGAAAUAAAAAGAUGCAUAGCAGCUGAAUGUAUGCAUGACUUUGAGGGAAGUUAAAACUGGUUUUCUUUUCCCCCACCUCUGUACAUUAAAAACUAAGCCAAAUCUAUUUGCCAAUAGUAGAUCACUAAUUAUAAAGCUAGUAGUUUUCCUUUUAGCAAGAGGUUUUGUUUGCCAUACGUCACUCUUACUGUGGCUUGGUAUUAUGCAGGAUUAUCUAUUCACAGGUAUGGUCAUCUUGCUAAAUGCCUGCUAUAACAUGGUUAGCCUGUAAGGCAGUGUCGUCCCUCCUAAUGUCCACCUCAUAAAGGGGGUUCCACUGUAUUUUCCUCAUAUCUUUUUGUCAGUGCUUUCCUAUGUGGAUAUAUAUAACCAAACUGAGCGUCAUUGUUUUUUUUUUUUAAUGGAGAUAAUAAUUAGAUAAUACUAUGUAAUUAAUUUUACUGAAUAGAUUAUCAUCUUAAGAGAUGCUUAAACAUGGUAAAUCACUUCAUGUUAUGAAAGUUUUACACUUAAUAUUCAUGUUAACAUUGGGUGCAAUAACUUAGUAGUACUUGCUUAGUUAUAAAUAACUGGAUCUUUCUGCUGACAACUUAGGUUGUAUGAGUUAUGCUUAAAAGCUUUAAAUUCGAUGUUUCCUGUACCUGCCACACUAUGUUAGAAUGUGUCCUUCAAACAUAUCCUCCUGCAACUUCUCAAACUGUACUAAAUUGAUAUUUCUUGAAGUCUAACUCUGUGCUAACAGAUCUUCAUUUUAAAUAGAAUACGGUUUUAAUUUUUGAUAAGCUGCUGAAUUUUAAAGAGAGUUUUUUGGGGCCACCAAAUAUUUUGGAUCAUGCAGAGAAUAUAUAUUGUACUGUAGUAAUUUUGUAUUUACAUUUGUAUGAUGUGACAUAAUAGAUGUGAAUGUUAAUCACUGCUUGACUAUGUUAAUAAAGUUGUUUAACUAUA